GAACCUGCUGCUCUUUGCCCAGCUCUGAUUGUGCAGCCAGGCUGAGCUCCCAGCUCCAGCUCUGAAGUUUGCUCUGCCUUAGUUGCACAUUGAGCCUCUGCCUGGCUCUUGGUUGGAUCCUUGACUAUUGAACUGAGUUCAGAUAUAGCUUGUAUGCUCCUGAGCCCAGCUGGGGUGGCUGUGAGAGUGAUGGGGAAAUGAAGGCUUUUGUCACAGCCCCAUCCAGCACAGGGGAGCCGGGCUCAGGGGGCUGUUAAGGAAGAUGAGUGUUUGCUCAUUCCCUUUUUCAGACACCUGGCACUGUCUGGAGGUACCUGAGCUGAGUCCUGCAGCCCAUCCAUAGCCAUGAAGAGCCUUGAUGGGGUUCGUGCCAUCCCUGAGGCUGCAGUGGGCACCCAGCAGCACUGUGCCAUCACUGUAAUGAAAGCUGAGGGAGUUCUGCCCAUGGAUGGGUUGUGUAAUGAAUGAGGAAGCUGGGGCAGUAGUUUGCUGCCUGCAGGGACUCAGAGAGGUGGCAGGAACUAGAAACAAAAGGUUUGAGUUUCAGAUGGAAGCGUGUGCUAAGGAAGGGUGAGCGUGUGUUGGCUGGGCUUUCUGGGACAGCUCACAGAAGUGAGAGCCCAGAAAUGAGGGAGAAGGGACAGUUUGUACAUGCAAGUAAUGUUCUGGAUAUUAAUAGCAGCAGCAUGAAGCGGGUCCUCACAGGGGUGUCUCCUGCACGUCCCUCUGACACCACACAUCAUCCUUCUGUGUGGAGCCCGGAGAAGCAGGUCUGGAGCAGGUAAGGGAAAGGGAGGAAGCAGCCAGGUUACACCACAGCUCCCUGCCUGAGAGGUGGUUGGAGUUGGAUGAACCCCUUGAGAAGUCUCCAUGUGUACCCAUCCCUCUCCUGACCUAUAGCAGCUCUGGGGCUGCCUCUCCAUCUGCAGCCCCUGCCGUGCUCCUGCUUUGGUGCCGUCCUGAUCCCAUGGGGGAGAUCUGAGGUGUGUCUGUUUUGUGUUGCUUUGCUUCCCCACUUAUGACAACAGCAGGUCACCCGGGUACCUCCGAGAGGAUGCAAGGAAGGACUGAGCUGCUCAGCCUUGUAAUAGAGGGGAUGGGAGGAGAAAUGUUUCCCGGAUCAUUCGUUGCUUCUCCAAAGAUGCUGCUGACGCUGGUGUGUAAGCUGAUGGAUAUUGCUGUGCCACAGCACGGCCCUCUGCCCCACUUACUCUGCAGGGAGGAUUAAUUGCACGGUGCUUCCUUGCUGCUCCUUCCACCCGUUGGGGGGGCCCUGGGUCCUGCUGGUGACCCUGGAAGCUGUCCCUGUGUAAGGCAGGACGGCAGUGAGUGCAUUCAGCUCCCUUCUAAAAGGGAAACAGUGCUGGCAUCCCACUGCAGGGACUCUGAUGGCUCAGGGGAGAGCUCUCCAUGUAAACCCCCCUGGAAGUUUGCCCUUCCACCCUUCUCCUUCCUUAAGAUUUGGCAGUGAUUUAGGAAAUGUGUGAGGCUUUGGGAGAGAGCACAGGGAGCAGCAGUGCUGCUUGGAAUGUGGGACAGCUCAGCUUGGCAGCUCCACAGCCCAGAAAUGGAAGCAGCCUCAUCACCAAUGGGAGCAGCACCCCCUGCAUCCCCACCUCCAGGACUCUGCUGGGACACAGCUGAGCUGCUUUAGUCACUGCUGGUGUCCCCUGCUUCCGUGUGACCAUAGGGGAGUUGCAAUGAGCUGUAUUUGGGUGAUGGAAGUGAUUGCUCGUCCCCUUUUCCUCCUACCUCGCAUCACAGAAGGCCAUCCCAGAUCUGCCGGUGCAGCUGCUUCCUAACCUGGUUCUGUCAAAAGGAUAUGGGUUAAGGGGAAAAAAAAAAGAAAGAGCUCCUACUAUUAAAAGUGUUUAUGCCAACCCGGAUCCUGCUGACAGCACAGGGUUGGUGGUGAUACACAUGACGUGAGGCCAGGCAGAUCUGUGUGCACUGACAGCCCCCAGAUGGGCCGGGAGAAGCCUUCUGCCAUGCAUCUCACAAGGCAGCAGGCACUGCACACAGCCUGUGUGGGGUAUUUGGGGUCUGUGGGGCUUCAUUGUGAUAUAACAUGAACUCCUGGCUUCCCCUCCUUGCUGCAGGGCUCAGGGUGCCCCCAGUCGUGCUGAUGGUGGGCAGUUGUGCCUCAGUUCCCUCUUCUGCAGCAACACUUCCUCAGUGAAGUACCUCAAGCUGCAGAGAGUGUAAGAGCCAAAGGGCAUUUACCCUUUGCAUCAGCCGGCUGGAAAACCCCUGGAGCUUGCAAUAGGGAGCAGCAGGAAGAGACACACCAAUGAAUGCUGCUGCCUGGGCUCCUGCCCAGUGCUGGGAGGUGUGUCCUGGCUGCUGGGAGGGAGGAAAGCUCCAGGUGGAGGUUGUGAGCCUGGGGGAGGGAAGGAGCCACAUACAUCCCUUUGUUAUAGGGAAAGGGUUGGGAAACACUUCAGUCCUUUUACUGACCAGAUAUAGAGCCCCUUGGCCUCACUGCAGCUGAUCCCUGUGUUGGAUGGAAGCACAUGUGGGGCUCGAGGCUGUGGGGUUGAGGUUGGGGUUUGCUGUUAUCACAUCCCUGUUUGUUUUCCAUCUUCAGCCUCCAGCGGUUGCAUCAACGGGAGCAAAUUGAAGGGUUGCAUCAGUGCUGUUUGCAGCAGCAGCGUGGGGAGAAGUGACGGUAUGGAGUGAGGAGAGCCAGCCUUGUUCUGCACAGCAAACCUUGGGCAUCACUGGGGCUCGCCGGGCGCAGGGAGGACCCUCUGCAGGAUGUUCUCUCCACCAAAGAUCUCCUCGUGACCGGCGACGAUGACCAUCCCGGCAGCACCUCGACAAGCACCAACGUUGCAGUAACCCGGCUCGUCCCCCUGCCGCACACCGGGAUGCUGCACUGACCGAGGGCAGCCCCGCUUCUUUUCUCCUCCCUCCUCCCCCCCCUCCCUCAACUUUCAGCAGCUCUGGGAUUUGUAUGGCAGCAGCGUAACCGUGGAGAGGCCGGGGUAUCACAAACUUAUGGAUUUUGAUAAGAGAGGAGGGAAAGGGGAGCUGGAGGAAGGUAAAAGGAUGUCCAAGACGGGUGGAGGAAGGAGCAGCCAUGGAAGUCGAAGUGCCGGAACCAAUUCGGGAGUCUUAAUGGUGGGUCCCAACUUCCGCGUCGGAAAGAAGAUCGGAUGCGGCAAUUUCGGGGAGCUCCGUCUAGGAAAGAACCUCUACACCAACGAAUACGUAGCGAUCAAAUUGGAGCCCAUCAAGUCUCGGGCCCCACAGCUGCACCUGGAGUAUCGCUUCUACAAGCAGCUGGGCAAUGCAGAAGGAAUUCCUCAGGUUUACUACUUUGGCCCCUGCGGGAAGUACAACGCCAUGGUGCUGGAGCUGCUGGGCCCCAGCCUGGAGGAUCUCUUUGAUCUGUGUGACCGCACCUUCACCCUCAAAACCGUCCUGAUGAUCGCCAUCCAGCUGAUCACAAGGAUGGAGUACGUCCACACCAAAAGCCUCAUCUACAGAGACGUCAAACCAGAGAACUUCCUGGUGGGGCGGCCGGGCAGCAAACGGCAGCACACCAUCCACAUCAUUGACUUCGGCCUGGCCAAAGAGUACAUCGACCCCGAGACCAAAAAACACAUCCCCUACAGAGAGCACAAGAGCCUGACGGGGACGGCGCGUUACAUGAGCAUCAACACCCACCUCGGGAAGGAACAAAGCCGCAGGGACGACCUGGAAGCGUUAGGCCACAUGUUUAUGUACUUCCUCCGUGGGAGCCUCCCCUGGCAGGGCCUGAAGGCGGACACACUAAAGGAGAGGUACCAGAAGAUCGGUGACACCAAACGAGCCACCCCAGUGGAGGUGCUGUGUGAGAACUUCCCAGAGGAGAUGGCCACGUACCUGCGCUACGUGCGGCGCUUGGACUUCUUUGAGAAACCAGACUACGAUUACCUGCGGAAGCUGUUCACGGAUCUGUUUGAGAGGAACGGUUACGUGUUCGACUAUGAAUACGACUGGGCUGGGAAACCGCUGCCCACCCCCAUCGGCACGAUGCACAGCGAGGUGCAGGUGCAGCCCCCGAGCAGAGACAAAGCACAGCCACACACCAAACACCAGCCGCCCGAUGGGACGGAGCAGUGUGAUGCUCACGCUGGCGGGCAGCCCGAGGAGCCUGGGGGAGCUCACCUGGCAGCCGGGAGGCUCGGGGGGUCCGUCCAGGUGAUGAGCUCCACCAACGGGGAGCUGAACACGGACGACCCGACGGCGGGGCACUCGAACGCGCCCAUCACAGCCCCCACCGAAGUGGAGGUGACCGACGAUACAAAGUGCUGCUGUUUCUUCAAGAGGAGGAAGAGGAAAAGCACCAAACGCCAUAAGUGAGCGGGGCAGAGCAGCGGGGGGGGCUCCCCUCCCUCCGGCCGUGCCGGACGGAGCCGCAGCGCCGCGAUGGGGGUGAUGGGGAGGCAGCAGAUAGGGCCGCCCCCCCCCCCCUUUACCCGGCCGCUCAUGUCCCGCAUCCGCCAAAAAGAAAACUAAAAGGUAUAUAAAAACGCAAAGAAAACCCGCAGGGAGCGCAGCGCGGGGCCGCCCGUUGUGCCCCAUGAUGGGAGCGGGCGCCGAUCCCACCGCGCUACGGACCGAACCGAACCCUGGGCUGGUUUAUUUUUCUUUCUGUUGCUUCUUUGUCUCUUUAAGUUAAUUUAAAUGAGUCUCAGUGCAGCGCUCCCAA